UUACCACUAAUUGUCACUCACAAAUAUUCUGGUUUUGACAUGUACCGCAAUUUGCCAAUUUAUUAGCAUCACACAUGCGGAAGUCAUAACCAAUUUGGCGAGAAAAACUGUUGAAAACUUUUAGUAUAACUGAAAUCUGCUCUGCUGUCGUAAGUACUUCCCGCCCGACAGUCUCUGUUCAAUCCAAAACCGUUGAUCAAUUAUUCCGGCACUGAAAUAAGAGUUUAAAUUCACAACAAACUAACAGUUAGCAACAUGUUGCCGGGCUAUUUCGUCAACAAUGUUUGUAGCUUAGCAAUCGUUUGGCUUAGAAUCAUUGAUUUGGCUGCUUCAUAUUUGCUUUAUCCCAAUGGCACCACCACUGUUUUGCAGAUAACUGCAUCGAUUUCCGUGCCGAUUGCGCAUUUACCUCCAAAACGCAGCAUACUCUGGGAUUGGGGUAUUCAAAUGAACUAUGAGCUGCCCUUUUUUCUUGAGUCAUUUUACAACGUACCCAUUUGGCCGACAGAUCGUAGUAAUGGUGGACGUCUACGAAGAUUUACAGAGGCAUAUCAAAAUUAUUUUGAACCUUUGCAAAAUAAUAAAACAUUGAAGAAUUGGUUGGAUGAAACGAAAAAUAGGCAUAUAUUCGAUUUCACAGCUGGUGAAUUAUAUAGAGCUCUGGAACGUUUAAUAAAAAGUCAUGGCUAUCAUCCAAGUUGUUUACUCCAGAGCGUAUGUGAAUUAGCCAAGUAUCCUUUUGAUGCCAACCAUCGGCACAUAAUUACAGAUAUAUUAACAUUUCUACUAACACCUUCAUGGCAUUUGGGCUUCGAUGCGAGUGAACACUCACAGCGUCGAGCUUAUGAAGCAGCAGAAAAGUUUGGUAUUCAUGGGCGUAACUGUAAAAAAGUAUAUGAAAACUGUAGGAAAAGCUGGCUUCGGGAUAUAACUCAUGUGAUUUUUGAUAAUACUUGAAAAUCUUCAUUUAUAAUUAAUCAUAUAUUUAAACCUAUGUUAAAUAUAUUUUGUAUAGCACUAAUUUGUAGUGAGAAUUUUUUCUUAAUAAAUAUUUUACUACAUUUUCAUGUGUUGAGAAACCAAUUGAGCCAAGAAGUUAGAGAUUAUUUUUUGGAAGUUGAAAAGAUUUGGAGGAUGGCGCCAUGUGUAGAAGUCAACGCAAGUUGAGAAAGCCGUGAUUUCAAUACACCUAGAAGUGACCAGAAACGAUUCUUAAGCAGACAUACAUAUGAUACAAUAAGCUCACGACUUUCGUUCUUACACCAAGGGUCGUCUUGAUAGCCAACUAACAUCCGUACAGAGGCGAGCUAGGGUGAGAAAAUGAACUCGCCGCGAAUGUCUGCAGAGUUUGAAAAAGAAAUAAAAAGUCUGAUUCUAGGGGAAAAACUAGCAACAAACCUCGAGUGAGAGACUCCUACAAACGCCCCGCUGCCCAACUGGUGGCUGUCUUUGACAAUGUGACCAAAUCACAAAAAGGCAAAACAAGAAUAUUCAGUACAGCAAGCGGAUAAUUCAAGCCUGAGUCCAUCUAAAUCACUCGGGGUCGCACUAUUAUUAUUAUAGCACCAUGGGGCUGUCACGGGAUCAAAAGUCGCGCAACCAAAUCGAUCAAACCUCCAAUAUUAUAAUAGUGUGUACGCUCUAAAGACCUCACAUAGACUCACUAUCGUAUCGCAGCACACAUACCCACUAAUCUAUGUGCAGCAAAGAUCGCCAGUCCACAUACAAAAAGAAGAGCUGCAAUCACAGCAGGCAGCCAACUGUUUUGUCACUCGACUUGAACGCCUGUUUUCUGAGAGCACCCAUCAGCAAUUCGAUACAAGGGAACCUAUCGUCGCUAGAGAAAUAAUUGGUUUUCGAGUAUGCCGGAAUAGAAGCUCGUACGAAUGAAGAUUGUAAAACUGCAGAGGCGAGCAUUGAAGUUUUAAAGCUUUCGGAUAAGAGUAAUGUUCAAAAAUUCUAUAAAAGAAUGAGACGACUUACAGAAGAUUCCAAUAUCGGAGCAUAUUCGUUUAGGAAUCAAAGAGGUUAACUAGUGACCGAUGUCCAGAGUAAACUGAGUUUUUGUAGGGAACAUUUCUCUAGCCAUCUGAAUAACAACGAAAAUGCAACACCAGGGGAUGAUGAACCCAAUCGUAAUGAAGAUGGAAUAUCAAAUAAAAUAGAGAAUAAGAAAGCAGCGGUAGGAGUUGACUUACCAACUGAGCUAUUGAAAUAUGGUGAUGAAGAACUGACAAUAUUCCAUCAACGAUUUAUCCGAUCCAUUAGAAAGUAGACCUCACAAUGUUUACAAACCACAUGUGCAUUGGAAUAAGCCUCUUCGCCCUGAAGUCGCAUAUGACGUCUUAUCCAGCGUGUGUUGCUUUAGACCUGCUAAAUCGAAAACUGACAAGAUAUUCACCAUGUCUCAAAUCCGGGACAAUAUAUUGUAGGCCGCGGUAGCCGAGUAGUUAGCAUUGCGUACUGAGAUUCAGAAGGUUUGGGUUCAUAUCCCAACGCCACCAACAUCCAAAAGUAAUGGAAAAUUCAUUUAAACUAAAAAUUAAGUUAAAUUUUCUAAUUGCCGUCGCUUCUCGGCAGGGAGUGUGUUACGGGCAUGAAGUAAAGGCUUCUCAUAGGUGUAGAUCUCUCCAUUUGUUGAAAAAACAUCCAAGACGCAAAGCUACAAAUUGGAGUAGAAGCUCGGCCGAAGAAUCGCUUCAGCGGUUACAAAACGCCAAUUAUAUAUAUGUGUAUUGUUUAUAUAUAACCGGCACUUUGUAGCAGCUGAAGCGAAUUUGACCAUACUCCUCUUCCAGUUUGUAGUGUGUGCCUUGAUGUCUUCUAACAAAUAUGAAGGGAUUUACAGCUUUUAUGAGAAGGUUUUAUUUCAUGUAAGAAAUACACUUAGAGAGCCUAGCUUACCGUGCCGAGGGGCAACCGCAAUAAGAAAACUUGAAUUUCUAUAGCUUUAAAUGUCAGUUGGACACUAGCUAAUCACUCGGCAAUCGCGACCGAGAGAAAGAAUCGAUAAUACCCGCAACGACGCUAAUGCAGCUGUGGAGCAGAGUUUCGAAUAAGAUCCGAAUGAGUCCAGCCGUCAACAGGCGUAAUAAUUUGAGCUGUGCUCAUCCACAUUAUGGAAAAUUUUGCAGAACGACCUUCAAGGGCGUCGCACGUUCGGUGGGUGAACCUAAAAUAAGAUGGUUGUCGAUUCCGCUUUUAACAGAGGAAUUUGUCUUCAACGAUGAUGCUUACAUUUAGUUUCAUGGUGGGCGGAGGAUAUCAUGGAAUCAAACUGCUUCAAAAGUGAAACUGGCAGGAAAUGUUACAGUACAAAGGGAACGCGCCAGAACUUGGAUUAGAAACUUUUCCGUGCUUCAAUUUGGGCAUGAUUGAUAUGAACGGCCUUUGGUUCCAUGCCAUACAGCCAAGGAAAUAAUCAAUUUAAUGGAAGGGAAGUUUUGGUGAAGGCAGUACCUUGCGUCGUAUGCCUGUAGUGCGGCCUCCAAAAUCAUGCGAUUAAAUAAAUGAAUGUGCGAAUAAGCUCGAGACUAUACAGUAGCUGCAAAAAGUGGUCGAAAGUGAGGCUUCUCUGCUGGAAUUUCCUCAAGCCCCUCGGCGGUCACUUAAUAACAAACCACUAUCUUUACAAUAAAGCUAAAUUCUUCGUCAUAACAUUAAAUUAUAUGCAUUUCAUUUCUUCUUGAAAACCACAUGUCUAAAAAGAACACCUUUUAAUAAUAACUGCAGCACUAAAUAGGCAAAAUACAAUCCAUUAGAAAUACCAAAACAAUGCUUGUCGAUUAAACUAAUCUCAUUACUAUUGUAAUUACAAUAACAAUAAUAGAAUAGCACUUACUCCAAAUA